CCCGUCUAGUCUGCAGGAGGGUCUCACCGAGCAAUGGCUGAAUGAGUAAUGGCCGAAUGUCGGCUGCACCCAGGAAUGCCCACUGGACCCUGCUGUUGCUGGUGCCCUGAGACUAUGGCCAGUUGCCAGCCCGCCCCUAAAAAAGAUCAUGAGACAGUGUAGCAGCAGCAUUUCAGGGACCAUGGAAAAUUGCAACACACAUCUGGCACUGGGCUUCACCCUCAACAACCUUGCCCCAGCACCAGCAAAUGUGGCUGCCUUCCGGGGUCUGCUGGGGCCAGGUGGCUUCAACAGCCUCUACCAAAUGUCCUUCCAGCAGUGGAACCACUUUUCCCCGUGUGGCCUGAGAACCUCCUGGACCCCACUCUGUUCCUGGGGAUUCACCUUUCCCACCAGAGCACCGCCAGGAUUCCAUCAGGACACAACAUUACAUUUAGAUGCCAGGUCUCCACAAUCCUUUUGCUUUGAUACUUUUCUUAUGGUUGGACCAGGAUUAUGUGUUUUUGGAGAAAUGCCAAAGAGCACCAUGGACCCUCCCAUGAGGAACAUGAGCUGCCAUUUUUAAGACCACUGCUGAACUAAAGAGGGAGGAAUCAGGCCGGGGUUUUGUGGGUCAGGAAUUCAAAAAGAAUACAGUGGAGUGGAGUGCAGUGGCUUUCUUCUACUCAAACAGGUGGGGAUAAUUGAAUAGCUAUGGGCUGGAAUCAGUGGAAGGCAUCUUGACUCACAUAUCUGUCUCCUGGGUUGACAUGAUUUUAAGACUGGGCUUAGUUUGGAAUGUUGACUAGAGGACCUCCCCAAAGCUUCUUCAUAUGGUUUAGACUUCUCAUUGCAUGGCAGCCAGAUUGUAAGAGAGAGCUUCCUGAAGUGAGCAUACAGAGAGGAAAAAUGCCAAGACAUGCAGGUGGAUGCUUCUCGGCUUUUUCUGGCCUGGACUUCUGUCACAUUCUGUUGAUUGUCAGUGGAUCACUAAGUCCAGCUCAGAUUCAAGAGGGAGUUUAAUAAGAAUGAAUCUCUUGGUGAGGAAUUGUCAAUGUUACAUUGCAACAACUUGUGGGAUAGAGAUGUGUGGUUCUUUGUAAGGUGCCAUACCCAGUGAGAUUUUUGCUUGUCUGAGAAAACCUUUAUUUCUCCUUCACUUUUGAAGGAUAAUUUCACAGGGUAGAGAAUUCUGGGUUGUUGUUUUCUGUCUCUCACCUGCUUAAAUAUUUCACUUCUCUCUUUGCUUUCUUGCAUGUCUUCUGAGGUGAAGUCAGGUGUAAUUCUUAUCUUUGUUUCCCUAUAGGUAGGGUGUUUUACCCCCUCUAGCUUCCUUCAUUAUUUUUUCUUUAUCUUUGAUUUUUGGUAUCUUGAAAAUGAUAUGCCUAUAUGUAGGCCUUUUUUGGGGGGGGCAGUAUUUAUCCUGUUUGGUGUUUUCUGAGCUUCCUGGAUGUGGUUUGGCGUCUGACAUUCAUUUGGGGGAAAUACUGUCAUUAUUGUUUCAAAUAUUCCUUUCUUUCUUCUUGGAAUACCAUUAUGUGUAUGUUACACCUUUUGUGGUUGUUCCAUAGUCAUUGGAUGUCUUUUCUGUUUUCUUCAGUCUUCAUUCUUUUUGCUUUUCAGUUUUUGAGAAUUCUAUUGAUCUAUUCGCAAGCUCAGAGACUCUUUCCUCUGCCAUAUCCAAUCUACUAAUAAGCCUGUCAAAGUCAUUCUUUCUGUUACAGUGUUGUUGUUUUUAAUUUCUAGCAUUUAUUUUUGUUUUCAUCUUAGUAUUUCUAUUUCUCUGCUUACAUUGCCCCUCUGCUCUUUCAUGAUGUCUACUUUGUCCAUUAGAGUCCUUGGCCUGUUACUCAUAAUUGUUUAAAAUCCCCAGCCUGAUAAUUCCAAAUACCCUGCCAUGUCUGGUCUUGUGGUUUAUCUUUUUCAAUUGUAUUUUGCCUUUUAUAUACCUUGUAAUGUUUUGUUGACAGCUGGACAUGAGGUAUUAGGCAAAAAACAAAACAAACAAAACAAAAAACAAAAAAAAACCCCAAAACAACCACAACAGAAAAAACUUUAUAUAGACCUUAGUAAUGUGGUGGUGGGGUGUGGGGGAAGGAAAAGUGUUCCAUAGUGCUAUGAUUAUGUCUCAGUGUUUAAGUGUUUUAGAUUUCAGGUGUGGAAUAUGAGGUCACAUGUGGGGCUUACAGUUUUGAGGAAGACUAUUGACAGCUGACUUCUGCCUUUCUCAUAGCCCUUGUGAUAGGAGCUAUUUCUUGGUUGGCUACUAUGGCUGAGUGUUUCACUGCAUCUGGAUUGAUGCCUCUUAGUUUUCUUAAGUUUAUUUCCUUUUCUUAAAGUUUAUUUAUUUAUUUUGAGACAGAGAGUGUGAAGGAGGGACAGAGAGGGAGAGAGAGAGAGUCCAUCUCAAGCAGGCUUCACACUGUCAGUGCAGAGCCCAACAUGAGGCUUGAAUUCACAAACCACGAGAUCAUGACCUGAGCCAAAACCAAAGUCGCUUAACUGACUGAGCUACCCAGGCGCUUCUUAAGUUUAUUUCCUUUUGCCUCAGAGUAGCUGUUCUCCCCAGGUCUGACUUCUUAAAACUAACCCUCUUAGUCCCAUUCCCCUUAGCUUCUCACCUUCAGACCAUACAUUACUAUAAGGUAGCCUUUGAGUUUGCCCAUACUUACCAAUGCCAUAGUUAAAUCUUCAUGAUCAUGCACAGAGUACUUCAGCAUCCUAGCUUGACAUUCUGAUCAUCAUAUAUGAUAUAUGUAGACAUAGCUAAUUACCUUCUUUACCCAAGUCUUGCCAGAGCUGGACGGAGUCAUCCUGGAAAUCUUUAUCUUCCUGACCUGAGUGAUAUGUUUGGUUUCCUCUUUGGUAUCCAGAGAUUGCUGCAUAACCCUUCUGAAUAUAAAAUCCCCUUUAUCACUGUUACUCCUGUGCUAGGGCAGACAAUCAUCAUGGAGACUAAACUGGGGAUUCAGGAUAUUUUUGCAGCUGAGCAGAGAGGACCAUAAUGGAACUUUUGAGUCUGGCAAUUUUAUCCUUUUUCUAAGCUCUCUCCAAGUUGCUGAGUUUCCCUCAACCCUGAAUCAAGACUGUGAAUUAUGCAUCCUCAAAAACAGCCCAGAGAUCAGGAGAACAGCAUCCCUGUACCAGACAUAUUUUACUCAUUGUUUAUGCAUCUUGGGUUUGACACCUGAACUCUGACACUGACGGUUUGAUUUCUAUUUCUCCCUCUCCUAGUAAGUCAUCAUUGUGAACCCACUGUUUCUGUGAUCUCCCAUAAUCUCUGUGUCCUUGCAUCUCCCUUUUACCACUAUCAUAAAGUCCAUGCCACUACAGAGGAGAUUAAGGAAACAGGGACAGGCCACAGCCCGCAGAGGGAUGCCAGACCUCUCUGUCUGCAGUGACAGAGACAGUGGCAGAGGUGGCCAGAUGUGACCACAGGAGUCCCUCAAUUCUGACACACACCUGGGAUUCGGUUAUACCCCUUUCUGGCAGAGAGAUUCAGCUGGGUUCCUUCUGCUAUGAAGCACCCAGGAUAUCACUUUAGGUGAGGAGCAUUGAAGCCCAAUCAGCUCAUCCCUCACAGAUAUCCACUAUAGUAUGCCAAUAACCACUAUCUCUCCAGUUUUUGUCUGUUUUGUCAAGUUCCUGUGAUUCCUGGUUGUUUUACAUAUUCAUCUAUUUAUUUGUAAUGUAAUCAUAGAGACAUUUAUUAAGCAAACAUUACUGAGUACCAGUUAGAUUCUGGCACUUCUGGAACUUGCCCUGGGACUGCUGCCCUAAGCAAGGCAUAGUCCCUGCUCCUCAAGGACUGACACACUGAUGGGUUUUCCAGUGCAAGGGAGUUAAUGCCAUGACACAGCAGUAAAAUGAUUUGAUAGGAAAGAAACAGAGAUAUGCCAUGCUGCCUUACAGAAUUUGGGUAUAGCUUCAUGGAUGAUAGGUUGCUUGGACUGAAUUUAUAUGAAUAAAUAGGAAUUUACAACUUCAUUUCUUUGCUAAUUGUCCUCUGUUUCCUGGUCAGAGAGCUAAAUAUAUCUUCACUUAGGUUCUUGGGAAUAAAGUUCAGUCUGAUUUUUCUCUAAGAAUCACUGGGGGAUCUCUUGUUGACCUCAGCAAUUAAUUUUUAAAAAACAGCCCUAGGCUGUCCCUCCAGAUUGACAAAUCACACAACAUAAAAAGGCAGAUUGUACUCAGGCACCUGUGGGUCUGCUUCUCUCUCUUACCCACUGUAUUUGGCUUUAUCCUCCACUGCUCUGCUGACACUGCUCCUAUCAAAAUGAUGGGUGGCCUUUCACAAGUGCACAGCUGUUCUCUGACUCCUCCAGUGUAAAAUGAGGCGUAGGCUAAAACCUGCAGUGGAACGGGUGUAGUUAAGACAAAGACUAAAGUUUCUUACAAUGUAGAAUGUUAAGCACUGAAAUGUGAAUUUUUGUAAUUAACCUCUUCUGGAGGUCUGGAUAAAACUAUGUUAGUUACUCUUAUUUGGAUUUAUAAGUGGACUUGAAUCUGAAAGGAAAACAAAGACUGAGAGUUAAGUGCCCAUCUGGCAUUUCAGAUUUUGUAGCUGCCAUGUUCAAAAGUUUGGAACAAUACUGUAGUCCUCACUGGUUCAUAAGAAAGAUACUCAGAGUGAUCUAUAGAUGAAUAAUCUGAAGGAGCUGAGUCUUUCAUAACUCUUUUUAUAUAUACAUAUACAUGUGAACCUUUCCUUUUGGUAGAAAAAUAUAAUUAUUUUUUAGACUGUGUCUGUCUUUUAAGACAAACAUAUAUGCAAACACAUCCAAUAUCAAGUUUUUAAUUUUAAUGCCCAAGAAGUGAGUCACAUUGGGAAAGUUAAACAGAACACUUAUUUAAUUGGUACUACUUGCUAAUAUGGGGGUUUCAGAAACACUGAAUUACUUUGUGGUAAGAGAUAGAUAUAGCAGAAAUUUGAGAUAAAGAAACAGAUCCAUGUGGACAAGUAAAAAGGAAAGAGGCCACUGAUCGCAUAUUCAAUAAUCUUUUCUUAUAAAUGUUAAUAAUAAUGCUAACUAUAAUUGAUUUAAGAUAAUGUAUAUGAAUUAACCUUUGAAAACUUUGUAUACUAGUUUGAAAUGUGUGAUUUUAUUUCAUGGAUUAAAUGGACUAAGGAUUUUAACCUCAGAAGUGACAAGAUGACAUCUGCAUGUUAGGAAAAACCCUCUGACUACAGAGUGGAGACUGGUUUGAAGGGUAUGAAAUCAAAGUCAAAGAGAUCUAAGGAAAUAUUCCAGGUGAUAAAAGUUACGAGUGUGCACUAGUCAGUGAUACUGGGGUUGAGAAGAAUGAGUGAAUACUAAAGAGUUAAACAUUUAGUCAGCAGGAACUGUGAAAAGGUAAAAGGGAUGAGAGAUAAGAAUGAAUAAGGACCAUUUCAGGUUUCUGAGAGUAGAGUUAAUUCAGUCUUGAAUAUGUUGCAUGUGUGGUAUAAAUAUUUAGUAAGCAAGUGGAAAGUGAAUUUGCAUUUCAGAAAGGUAUUUGACUUAGAAACCUAGAUUUGGAAGAAAAUAAAGUAUAUAUGAUUAAAAUAUUGUAAAUCAUGAACUCAGUCAGAGAAAAUGUACAGAACUGGGAAGAGAGUAGAAGAUGAAGCCCUGGAAUCAAUAACAUAUAGUGAACAGAUAGAUGGAGAAGGUGUUGGGAUGGAGGACAUAGGAGGAACACAGUAGAGUGCUGUGUCGUGGAAACUGAGGGAAAAUACUUAAAAAAAAAUAACAGAUUGAUUUAUUGUGUUCAGUAAUGGCAAGAGGUGAUAUAGAGGAUCCAUUCAAGUGGACAUUCCAAAUUAGAAGUCAUUGAAUGGUAGUUUAGACAUCUCUAAGCAGCAUGAUUACUCUUACCUGUAAAUGAAAGUAGACCUAUCUUAAUUCAGGCAUGUGGAUGUCUCACCUUAAAGACAUUAUCUCAAGAACAGGGGAUUCUCUUCUUUGUAUCUCACUUUAUUCUUUUGUGUUUCACUUUCAGGUUCUGUCUUCUCAUGAAGGUGGUAGCCAGAGGUAGACACUGUGAUAACCCCCCAGCAAUGGAGAAAUCAUGAUUUUUGUUUCUUUUCUCUCUUCCUUCUCUAAGCCAUUGACGAUGGCCCUUAGUAAUUCCAGCUGGAGGCUACUGCAGCCUUCAUUUUUCCUGAUGGGCAUCCCCGGUUUAGAGGAAAGCCAGCACUGGAUAGCAAUGCCGCUGAGUGUCCUUUAUCUCUUUGCUGUAAUGGGCAAUGUCACCAUCAUCUUUAUCAUCUGGACUGACCCAUCCUUGCACCAGCCUAUGUACCUCUUUCUGGCCAUGCUGUCUGGCAUUGACCUGGUGCUGGCGUCCUCCACUGCACCCAAAACCCUUGCAGUGCUCCUGGUUCAUGCCCAUGAGAUUGGGUACACUGUCUGCCUGACCCAAAUGUUCUUCAUCCAUGCGUUCUCUUCCAUGGAGUCAGGUGUGCUUGUGGCCAUGGCUCUGGAUCGCUAUGUAGCCAUUUGUCACCCUCUGCACCAUUCCACCAUCUUGCAUCCAGGGAUCAUAGGGCGCAUUGGAAUGGCAGUGCUGGUACGGGGGUUACUCCUCCUCCUCCCCUUCCCUAUCCUGUUGCGGAGACUUAUCUUCUGCCAGGCCACCGUCAUAGGCCAUGCCUAUUGUGAACAUAUGGCUGUGGUGAAACUUGCCUGCUCAGAAACCACAGUGAACCGAGCUUAUGGGUUGGCAGUGGCCCUGCUUGUGGUUGGGCUAGAUGUCGUGGCCAUUGGUAUUUCCUAUGCCUUCAUCCUCCAGACAGUGCUGAAAGUACCAGGGGGUGAGGCCCGACUUAAGGCCUUUAGCACAUGUGGGUCUCACAUUUGUGUCAUCCUGAUCUUCUAUGUUCCUGGAAUGUUCUCUUUCCUCACUCACCGCUUUGGCCACCAUGUACCCCAUCAUGUCCAUGUUCUUCUGGCCACACUCUACCUCCUCGUGCCACCUGCACUCAAUCCUCUUGUCUAUGGGGUGAAGACUCAGCAGAUCCGCCAGCGAGUACUCAGGGUAUUCUCCCUAAAAGGAUGGAUCUGAACACGUCCCAGUUAUUAUUUUCUGAGGCUCCUGUCAAAGGUACUGCCUGGAGUCCAUGGCUGUCUAAGCUAUGUGGGUAGAGACCAUUGCACAGUGAGGGGUCCUUCCAGUCCUGCUAUCUCAUGGCAGAGAACAUCCCUGGGCACUUGGCUUGGACUGUUUGGACUCCCUGAAUAGCUGGAUUUUUUAUUAUUUUCUUAUCUUUUCUUUUGCUUCUGAUUCUAACAUUUCUCUAUUCCUCUAUCAAGGGGACUUGAGAAGUGGAGAAAAGAUAUAUCUUUGGACAUGCCAUUUUUUUCUGCCUUCACCCAAUGAUUGUGGAACAUCAUCAAGUAAGGGAAUGGGAAGUCCCAGCCUCUUCUUUGUUUUAGUUUUAGAGUGUCUUCACACCCUCAAUGUUAUUGCUAUGAGCUCUAGGUCACUCAGCUUCCAUGUAGCAACAGAGUCUGUCUCUAACCAUUUGAUACUCCCAAUAUGUCAGAAAACACCUUUUUAUUACAGUAUGACUCUUACUCACAUAUUUAAAUUAACCUAAGUGGGGAGACAUGGUAAUGGGUUCUUAGAAAAAUGAGAUACAAACACUAUUUUCAAGGAAGAAAUGUAUAUUGUAGAGUGCAUUUCUUUUUAAAAAGGUCAGUAUUUUUUAUUUAUUCAUAUUUUUUAUUAGGGUAAAGGAGGAAUAGGACCAGUAUUGAAUGUAUGUAUGUUUUGUAAGUCUUAAUUUAACAAAGCUAAACACCCAUAUAUUAAUAUUAUUUAAUAACUACAAAAUGUGCUAGAGUCUGAUACUGGUAAACAUAGCUUUAUUAAUACAUGUAGAUGUAGUUUUGGCACUUGAAAGAAUUUCUAUUUCUGAAAUGUGGAUAUGGAAUGAUGUCAGUUAGACCCCUGUCCCCACCUUUUUGGUAACAGGAACUGGGUAAAACUUAUGAGAAGCUUGUUACAAUUGGUGUAUUGCAUCCUGUUUGUUGGGUGUUGCCCUAAAAUCUGGCUUAACUCUUUUGUGUUCCUAAAAGGCAGCACAUUUUGUUCUGUUCUGGAGGAAGCAAGUCACUGCUGCUUGAGGUCGGAUGCUCUGGUGUUGAGAGGGCUCUAUCAAUGGACUCCAUAGUGGUCAAAAGGGGGGAAUGGAUGAGUUAGUGUUCCAGUUUCUCCUUUCUUGGUAAAUUUAAUUCCUAAUAGUUUUCAGGUACAGAGACUUGAGUAUGAAGUCUUCAGUUUGGUGCACACACAUGGGUGAAUUAGGGAGGAAUUGUAUGAGUUCUUAUUGUAGGAACAAUUACGUGUUCUCAUCACGUUGGUUGUAGGUGCAGGACUUGAACUCUGGUGAGUUGUCCUGAGGAAGCCCAGGCUGUGGUGUAUGUUGUAUCCCAUUCACUAGAAAACAACUAUGUUGGCUCUAGCGGUACUUUGUUUAGGUACUUUGUUUACUUUGUUUUAUUCAAAGUAGCUGUUUGUUCUCUCAUCCCAUUUACACUAUUUGUGGAUUUUUGGGAUGUGGGUAUGAUGGUGGGAUCUGAAGAGCUUCUUGGGUCACAAGAUGGAAACAUGUACUGAAGAUGGCAGAACAACACUGUAGAAGAGCCUGUGUUCCCAAUGCUCUCUGGGCCACCAACCCUGACUUAAACCUGAGAUAGAAACUUG